GGAAGGAGUUUAGUUUUUCCCGCGAAACAGAGCCUGAGCAGCCUUCGUCCCGCAGGUCACAUCCACCGUGUUUUUGACUUUAAACUCGUGGAACAAUCAGCGGCUCCGGUUUUAUUUUCUCGUUAACGUUGUUUGUCGGGUCUCCUGCUUCAACAUGUCCGGAUUUGACGACCCCGGAGUUUAUUACAGCGACAGUUUCGGAGGAGGAGGAGGAGACGGACCCGGCGGGGACGAAGGCGGACAGAAGAGGACUCACAUCAAGAAACGGUUCCGUGAGUUUCUCCGCCAGUUCAGGGUGGGCACCGACCGCACCGGAUUCACCUACAAAUACAGAGAUGAGCUGAAGAGACACUACACCCUCGGGGAGUUCUGGGUGGAGGUGGAGAUGGAGGACUUGGCCAGCUUUGACGAGGAUCUCUCCGACUGUCUGUACAAGCUGCCGACUGAGAACCUGCCGCUGCUGGAGGAAGCUGCAAAGGAGGUGGCGGAUGAAGUGACCCGCCCCCGUCCUGCGGGCGAGGAGACGGUUCAGGACAUCCAGGUCAUGUUGAAGAGCGACGCACAUCACGCCUCCAUCCGCGGCCUCAAGUCGGAGCAGGUGUCUCGCCUGGUGAAGGUGCACGGCAUCAUCAUCUCGGCCACCGCCGUGAGGGCGAAGGCCACCAGGGUGUGUCUGCAGUGUCGGGGCUGUCGCGGCGUCCUCAGUAACAUCCCCCUGCCUCCCGGCCUGCAGGGCUACGCUCUGCCGCGCAAGUGCAACAAGGAAGACGCCGGGAGGGUGAAGUGUCCCGUGGAUCCUUACUUCAUCAUCCCCGACCGCUGCGUGUGCGUCGACUUCCAGACCCUCCGCCUGCAGGAGUCUCCCGACGCCGUCCCUCACGGAGAGAUGCCCCGACACCUGCAGAUCUACUGCGACAGGUAUCUGUGCGACCGCGUCGUCCCGGGAAACAGAGUGACCAUCGUGGGAAUCUUCUCCAUUAAAAAGAUGGCGAUUAAGACCGGCGGCAAAGACAAAAGUUCCGGCGUGGGCAUCCGGACGUCCUACCUGCGUGUGGUCGGCAUCCAGGUGGACACAGAAGGAGCAGGUCGCGGCGCCACAGGAUCCGUCUCUCCGCAGGAAGAGGAGGAGCUCCGAGGGCUCGCUGCCUCUCCAAACAUCUACGACUCUUUGGCUCGCUCCGUCGCUCCCUCCAUCUACGGCAGCGACGAUCUGAAAAAAGCCAUCACCUGCCUGCUGUUUGGAGGAUCCAGGAAGAGGCUCCCUGACGGUCUGACCCGUCGAGGUGACAUCAACCUGCUGAUGCUCGGCGACCCGGGUACCGCCAAGUCUCAGCUGCUGAAGUUUGUGGAGCGUUGUUCACCUAUCGGGGUGUACACGUCCGGUAAAGGCAGCAGCGCGGCCGGUCUGACCGCCUCCGUCAUGAGGGACCCUCAAACCCGCGGCUUCAUCAUGGAGGGCGGAGCCAUGGUGCUGGCCGACGGCGGAGUCGUGUGCAUCGAUGAGUUCGACAAGAUGAGAGAGGACGACCGCGUGGCAAUCCAUGAAGCCAUGGAGCAGCAGACCAUCUCCAUCGCUAAGGCGGGCAUCACCACCACCCUGAACUCGCGCUGCUCCGUGCUCGCCGCCGCCAACUCCGUGUUCGGCCGCUGGGACGACACGAAGGGGGAGGACAACAUCGACUUCAUGCCGACCAUCCUGUCCCGCUUCGACAUGAUCUUCAUCAUCAAAGACCAGCACGACCAGCAGAGGGACAUGACGCUGGCUCGCCACGUGAUGAACGUCCACCUGAGCGCUCAGACUCAGACUGAAGGCGUGGAGGGCGAGAUCCCGCUCGCCACCUUCAAGAAGUACAUCGCCUACGCCCGAGUUAAAUCCGGCCCACGUCUUUCUGCCGGGGCGGCGGAGAAACUGAAGAACAGAUACGUGGUGAUGAGGAGCGGAGCGAGGGAGCACGAGAGAGAGACGGACAAAAGGCCGUCCAUCCCCAUCACAGUCAGGCAGCUGGAGGCCGUCAUCCGCAUCGCAGAGUCUUUGGCGAAGAUGAAGCUGCAGGCGGUCGCCGGCGAGGAGGAAGUGGACGAGGCGCUGCGACUCUUCCAGGUGUCCACGCUGGACGCCGCUCUGUCCGGCAGCCUCUCAGGCGCCGAGGGCUUCACGUCUACGGAGGAUCAGGAAAUGAUCUCGCGCGUCGAGAAGCAGCUGAAGAGACGCUUCGCCAUCGGCUCGCAGGUGUCCGAACACAGCAUCGUCCAAGAUUUUACCAAACAGAAAUAUCCAGAGCACGCCAUCUACAAAGUGCUGCACCUGAUGCUGCGGCGAGGCGAGCUGCAGCACCGCAUGCAGAGGAAAGUCCUGUACCGGGUCAAGUAGAGGCGUGUCAGAGCGGCGGUGAUGGUCACGUCGUUCCUGUAAAUAGUUUUGAUCUGCAGAGUCACUGUUUCUGCUGGCGGACAUGUUGGAAUCACUCCCGCUCACUUUGGAUGUUUUUCAGUUUCACAUGAAACACGAGAGAGAAAAGUGAUGUCAUCAUAAAAAGAUGAACAAAGAAGUAUAAAGGUGAAAAGAUGUAAAGAAAACACGACUCUGAAUAAAGAUGUAAAGUAUUUCAAAUGAA